ACAGAGUUCACGUAUCCAGACCUUUAGCACUUACCGGCUUAUGCUGGAGAGAGUACCGACACCAGGACUGACAGAAGGUUUUAACUUUUUAAGCUGGUUUUAAGUUUCUUGCCUCUGAUUAAUCAGGAAAACCAGGAUUCCUUUUCGCCAGUUAUGAAGUAAAGAAGAAGCCUGCUGCACACAGAGGCUCAGAGGGGUUCUCACAUCCAUGGAGUCCAAUCUGUCAUGCCUGUCUUCACUUGAAGAGGACUAUCCAGAUUACAUUCAGCCACACUAUAAAGAAUCCUAUCGUCUAGCCAUUUAUGCCCUACUAUGUGGCGGCAAAGAAGCCUAUGAAGAGUUCCUUCGAGCUGAGCAGAUCAACCACUUCCUUUCAGAGGAAGAGACUGUGUUCAUUUUGGAAAAUGCAGAGGUACCGGUUGUGGAGGAUGAUUCAGAAGGGAGACGCAGCACAGACGAGGUCAGGGCCUCCACCUAUUUCCCAAUUGAGUCGGAUGAGGAGGUGCCAGACUUGGAUUUGGGCUGGCCAGAGGUUGCGCUGGAGGGUAUAGAGACCAGCAUUAGCCUGCUGUUUCACCCACCCAGACAAAACACACCAACAAUUAAAGAGGUGGUUCGGAAGCAGAUUCAGGCUGCGCAGAAGCUUAUUGCCAUUGUAAUGGAUGUCUUCACUGAUGGCGACAUUUUCAAAGAACUCAUCAAUGCGAUACAGAGGGGAGUGGUGGUCUACAUCCUUCUGGAUGAUUCCCAUGUCAAGAGCUUCCUCAAAAUGGCACACAACAUGGAGAUUAAUAUUCAAGAGCUCAAGAACCUUCGUGUCCGGACGGUUCAGGGGCCAGAGUAUCAGUGUCGCUCGGGGUUUAAGUUUCAUGGAGGUUUGGAACAGAAGUUUAUACUUGUGGACUGCCAGACAGUUAUGUAUGGAACAUACAGCUACACAUGGACUUUUGAGAAAAUCAACCUGAGUAUGGUCCUGGUUGUCACAGGCCAACUGGUUUCCACUUAUGACGAAGAGUUCAGAAGACUCUAUGCUCGCUCCACAACUUCUUCAGUCUUGCUUAAUGGGCGGCCACCUGUUCUGUACCUCAAAGAUACUUUGGCUCUGGAGAGCCCAAACUCCAGCCAGCUUUCUCUUAAUAUGAUUCACAGGAGAUCCAGGGUGAUGCACGGCAUGAGAAGUGCUCAGGACAACAGGUUCAACAAUUCUGGCACAAUGACCAGAGGCUUGAGUGUCCAGGAUAGGCUCCAUCAGUAUGACUAUACUGAAAUGGGGAACCUAGUGAAAGGACACAGUUAUGGGGGCGAGCUGCAAAAGGUAAACUCCAUGACUCGGCUAAGGAUGGGAACUAAAGACAUUGGAGUCCCUGGGAGAAGUGGAUCUAAACCGAGGGGAGGUGGGGAGGCGCUUCUACCAAACCGGAUGUCACACCAUCACCUCCGGCACCAGACACGUUACGGUGCAGACCAAAACCUGAUACCAUUCAACUCAGAAACAUCACUCCACCGCUGGAAGAUUGAUUCUUAUCUUAAUGAGAAUGAGAUGCGUCCAGAUGCGUCAUGUGAUGUGAUCUCGCCUGUGACAUCUCCAUAUAGCAGUCACACAGGCUUAAAUGAUUAUCAGUCACAGCUCAUUCACAGCAGGUCAAGAGAUAUUAAGUCCAGAAUGGAAGAAACACGGCAAAAGAGGUUCAGUUUGCAGGACUAUAGCAAUUUCAGGCAAAGCCAAGAGUCUUUGAGGUCCAUGUAUCUGAAUGCAGAAACAUCCAAACUGAUGUCUUCAUUAAGAGGCCUGGAUGUAAGGCAGAGUAUCACAGAAUUGGAGCCAGUGGCACAAGAAAGCUGCAGCCAGGAAAACAGGGAGCUCAAGAAGCGAGGUAACAAAAGAGAGCCAUUGCUCACUGAUGGACAGCGUCCUGCCUCUCACCAUGAUGUGGUUUCAGAUGGAAAAACAAUGCAGACAUACGAUUGCCGUGAGCCUCUAUCCAAGACAACAUCAACUGCUGAUUUAGACCAGAAAAUGAGUGAUGCACCACUCAAGCUUUCUCAUUUACAGUCCAGCAGUGUUAGCAUUCAGCAUCCGAGAGCAAUGGAAUCUUUGACCGAGGUCCCUGAAGAAAAAGACACUCACUUGGACCCAGCACUUAAAGUCAGACAUCAGAUUUGCAAAGAUGAGGAGCUUGUUCCUAAGAACUCUGUAAAAUCUCCAGAAAGAGAAAUUCAGGAUCAAGCCGCAGGAAAGCAUUAUAGGGUGGCCAAAAGCACAGGCUCAGGUGCUCCAAGGCAAGGAAAGCAAUCCAUUUCUAAUGAAGCUGAAACUUCUCUGGAAGUCUUUAAUCCAUCUACAGGACCUCAGCAGGCAGUGGAGGAUAAGGGCAGUCACACAGAAAAAGGGGAAACACAGCCAGAAGAUGUAACGCUACAGAGAAAACAUUCCAUGAAAAUGAAAGUGCCUACGUCAGAUGAAAAGAAAAUUUCCAAAAAAGAAGAGAAGUCACUCCAAAGAAGGACCUCAGGAGUAAGCCAGCCACUGAAGGCAGCCCAUUCCCUGGCACCUGAUGCAGUGCACACAACAAAAAGCCAGUCACUGAGCAUGUCCAGUUUGCAGAGCUCCCUUACUAGUUCAUCAGAGACAGAAAAGAAUAAAUCUCCACUGUCAAGAUUUUCUCCUCUGCGUUUGAGCAAAAAGAAGAUGGCCCUUGCAGCAGAGCAAGACUCAAAGGGCACUCUGGGUGACGAAAGAGAGACUUUAUAUCAGAGACCAAAAGACAAAGCCUACAGUCGGUAUGAGUUUUUGCUUAGCAACGAAAAUCUACGUCUGGAUAAGUCAAAGAAGAAGGCAAAUUCAUAUUCAUCAGACAAAGAGAGAAUCUCUUCCCUGCAUAGGCGCGAGUCUGGCCGUCAAGUGAAUCAGACACAGAGCAGCUCUGAUAACAAACUGGAGCGAUUCAUGCAGCGAGUUGGAAAUCUAAUAAACAAGAACAAGUAGCGAAGGCACAGAAGAAGGCCAACAUGGUCAGAAAUGAAGGCAAAGUUUAUGCGUGUUACAUGUUUUGCGUGUUCUACUUCCGGCGCCCCCCGUGUGCGGCAGUCUGUUACAGCGGCUCUGCUUAUUCUGAGUUUCUUUCUUUCUUAUCUUUUUUUCUUCUCGUAAUUUUUAUAACUAACGUAUUAGUAAUUAGACUCUGCAACCAUGUAACAAAUUUCCCACGUGUGGGACUAAUAAAGGUUAUCUUAUCUUAUCUUUUCUUAUCUUAUCUUAUCUUAUCUUAUCUUAUCUUAUCAUCUUAUCUUAUCUUAUCUUAUGCAGCUGUUUUCUUGCCUAGACGAACAGUUUCUUUACACCACAGCAGUAUGCUCCACCUUUUUUCUUUUGUCGUCACUGAUGCCAGUAACAAGGCUUGAUAAAUCGGGUAUUUGCUGUUAAAGUCUGAGCUGGAUCUUACUGGGGAGGAGGAGUUAAGGCAACCAGGGUGAAUCUGACAGUAUCACUGCAAAACAUUCAGCAAUGUUUGAUUCAGUAAGCUAAAUUAUAAUGAUACGGUAUGUCUUAUUAAAAUGUAUUUGUUCUUUUAGUUUACCUAAAGGAUUAGUCUGAUGAGAGCAUCUUUCAUGCUAUGACAACACCAAAACGAUCAGUGAUGUGUGAAGCCUGAUUGCAUCAUAUUCCAGUAAACCUCUGUUGUUGUUCAGUAUUGUUGUGAAAUAACUACGUUUAAAAAAAACCCCACACCAGUAACGCCCACUGUUAUAACCUGUACCUGAGGUUUUUUAAACAAACAUACACUGGUUUACUCUAAUACAGUAAUGCAUGCAUUCAUCUGCGUUGGUGGAUUUGGUGUUUUUUGUGCAAUGUGUCACAAAAAACACCAAAAAUAUGUCACAUUCCUUAUCACUUAAUGUAUCAUAAAAUGUAUCAUUCAUGAAGCAUAUUGAUAUAUUUUUUUAAAAAUAUGGACGAUGCUGUUCAUUUUCUCAGUGUAUUUUCAUGAGUUUAGCAACUAUGUUCCAAAUAUGAAAAGCAUUCACACUGGACUUCUAUCAGAUAUUUUAUCAUAAAGUGUCUGUGAACACUAAACUGCUUUCUAAGUCUCUGUGGAAGAUAUCUGCUGCAUAGUCAUCAGUGUUACUCUUCUUCACAUCAAUUCUACAAAGCUUUUUAGGUUAAACAGAGACACAGUUACACGCCUACUUUAUAAGCUCCCUUGAAUGCUCAGUGUUACAGAUCGCCAUCUUGGUGUUGUUCUUUAUAACACUGUCACAGUACUGGGUCAUUUGACCCAUCAUUUGAAUCACUGAUUCUGCUUUUUUGGACUUUGUAGUGUUGUUUAUUUAAAGAUUCUGUUUGAUUCUGGAUUUGUUUAUUGUUUAUUUUCUUUCAUGUGUUUUUUUUCUUUCUCUUAGCGUAUUUAGUACUUAGUUCUGAGUUGCUUUAGAGUUUAAAUCUUCCGUCAGUGUUUCUUCCUUGUUUCAAAGGUUCUGGGUUAAAUUCAUUCAUGUCUGUGUUUUCCCUGUUUAGGUUUUGCACUUCCUGCUUUAUUUUGUGAGCUGGUUGUUCCUCAUGCUUUGCUUUUACUUUUGCUUCCUUGUCUCAUCUUCUGCUGUCUCUGUGUGUCCUUUGUCAGUGUGCCUAUUCCCUUAAACCCCAGUGAUAGUAGCUCUAGUGUAUUUGUUUAGUUUUCAGCAGUUUAUAGUUUUCAGUGUUUCCCUUCUGGAUUUAUGAUUGACCUUUUGUAUUAUUGCAAAAAGCCAAUAAACGGUUCACUUCAAAUUCACUGCCAUCUA